UAGAAAUUUUUGACAUUAUUGGCCUGAAUGCUGAUGAAUCAAAUGAGGUUGUGAGGGAUCUCGACAUAUAUUGGGUCACUCUUCAUGAGGUUCUUUUUAUGCAUUUCUUAACCCUUAAGUUCUUCAAAAAGGAAGCUGAUUUCGAAAACAGCUAUGUGUUUCACAAUUUGGGAUAAAUUGUGUGCUGUUGUUUGCCUAAUAUAUGUACCAAUCGAAGAAAAUACUCUAACUGGUUAGUGCUAGAUGGAGCACUCAUGGAGCUUUCGAAUUGUUGAUUGGAAAUGUUGAGGGAGAGUUUUCUACAUAAAGGCGUGUGAUGCAGGUGGCGAAUUGGUGAUGCAUGGAAGAAAUUUUGCAGGACCUCUCUGAAAUAUUCCAUCAAAACAUUUUUGUCGUUGAUAUCUCAUUUGGAGAAAGAGAGCCAACAAACAAACUGGAAAUGAUGUAGCAAGAAUUUUUUGAUUAUUCAGAUCUCAAAAGAACAGAGAUCUCAUAUGAAAACUAAGAGGUGUAAGGCAUUGCAGAAAGCUGCUGCUUGAACUGCUCUUAUCAAGUGUGCUUGAUGGUUACUGCAUAGAGAUCAAUACAGAUUUGUAAGUUAUUGGCAUAGUUUUUUUCUAUUGUAAAGUGAUAGUGAUAAAGUUUUCAUUGAAGGCUUGGAUGCACUUUAUUUUCAAUGUUUAUAGACUUAUAGAAAUGAUAAGUUUUUUCAGAUUUACCCAAAUUGAAGAUCUCUUCCACCAACUUUCUACUUUUUCAAAUACUGAACGUGACAUUCUUUUUUAUCUCUUCCUAACUUUAUAUUAAUUUUUGGUAUGGGAUGGCUUAACUGCAUAUGUUCCAAUAAAAUAGGAGUUUAUAAAACUAUUCGCAUGUAUACUAGGCACCAUAUUGGUUAUAUGACCCUUUAAAUAACUUGUAUCCUUGCUGGAAAUUUUGAAGGUCAAAGUGGAAAAAGGAGGAGAACAAGUUUCAAAUUCCUAGAAUCCAAUGGAUUUUAUAUUAGUUGUCAUUCAAUUUCCUUUUUUACCCUUAAAUAUAAUGAGAAUAACAAUUCUGUCACCUUGUUCCUUCCACGGCUCAAAAGUUUGAUGGGUAUUUAUGGAAUUUUCUCAGAGAAUAAAUACCAUGUUCAGUUUUUUCCUUUUAUAAAAAUUUGGGUUUUCUCGUUUCUAUUCAUUCUCUUCUUUGGUCUUUGGUAUAAGCGGCAAUACCAAAAUGGCGAACAACCAGAGCAUCAGAAGUGUGUCAAGUUCUUAUGUUUUCAAAAGCCGGUUGCAAGAGUAUGCCCAAAAAGUUGGACUUCCUACCCCUGUUUAUGAGACCAUCAAGAAAGGCCCUUCUCAUGAGCCUACAUUUACGUCAACGGUGAUUGUAAACAAUGCUAGAUAUGAUUCUCUAGCUGGAUUUUACAAUCGCAAGGCAGCGGAGCAAUCAGCUGCUGAAGUUGCACUCAUGAGUCUUGGAAACUCUGGGUCAAUGGAAAACCUUUCUCAGCCAGUGCAUGAAUCAGGCUUGUGCAAAAAUUUGUUGCAAGAGUAUGCUCAGAAGAUGAAUUUUGCAAUUCCACAUUAUGAAUGCCAGAGGUAUGACUCGGAAAGCAAAAUGAUCACAUUUUCAUGUACUGUUGACGUAGGGGGAAUGAAAUAUAUUGGAGCGGCAGCUAGAACAAAGAAGGAAGCAGAGAUCAAAGCUGCUCGAACUGCAUUGUUGGCUGUUCAGUCUAGUGGUUUGGGGCCUAACUAUUCUGGACACACUGUCGUUCCAAUAAAGAAGGUCACAGAUUUGGCAAUCAGCAACCAGGAGAGUGCAGCAGCUCUGAAGCCAAAGAAAUCCAAAUUCAAGAAAAAGCAGACGAUGAAUGUUUUUGAUGCCAGUAGUAAGGUACGGACGAAGAACACUGGUGACUCGGAAGUUCAGAUGGUAAAUCAAGCAAAACCAGAGAUGCAUGAAAAUGCUGCUGUUAUGACUCAAGGUACAGGAUCUGGGCCUGCACCUUUUGCAGGCACUAUGGGUGGUCUAGUUUCAUCCAACAAUUGGAGUUCUGAUUAUGGAGCUUCAAAUCUUGGAAUCAACUCUCAGUGUGGUGGAGGAGUUACGACUGAGGGAAAUGCUGUUAUUGGAGUUGGGCAGGUAACUUCAGAGGUAACACCAGUUGCUUGGAGCGAUAACCUUCACGUGCUAUAGAUGCAGAUCAAGGCCGAAGUUCAAACAUGGAGGCAGAAAUAUCUCAACAUGUUUGUUUUGCAGGAUUAGUUAUAUCAGCUGGUGGGUACAAGAAGAGUUAGAUUAUAAGCUUUUCAUUUGAACAUCCAGAUUGAAAGGGUUGUUGAUGGCGUGCUUUUGCCAUAGUGUUAUAGCUUUUAUAGUUACUAGUACAUGUCAAAUGUGUGGUUUAGUUGGCAUAGUCACAGGUGCAUGAAUCAGUCUGACAUUGUUUGGUUUACUUCAUUUGCUUGAACAUUUGAUUUGCUAUUUGAUGAGGUAACCUGUUUUAUGACAA